GCCUAGUGUUCACAAGCCACAUCAAACAAAAAUCACUCACAUCUCACUCACUCACUCAUGGCCACUCCCCAUUUCCUCUCCACUUUCAUCAAAUCUUCUUUCCUUUUCUUGGUUUUUAUCUCAAGUUUUUUAGACCAAACUCAUGCUUUUGAAGCCAAAAAUACCAAGAUUCAACACUCUUUCCACACAAUUCAGAUAAGCUCCCUUUUUCCAGCCUCUGUUUGCAGUCCUUCCAAAGAUUCAAUCAAGAAGAGGCCAUCCACACUAGAAGUUUUCCAUCGGCACGGCCCGUGUUCGAAACUCAGCCAAGACGAAGUCGUCGCAACGCCAUCUCUAAGUGACAUUCUCGCUCAUGACCAAUCCAGAGUUAAGUCAAUCCGAGCUCGUCUGGACUCCAUUCGGACCAUGGACAAAGUCAAGGAUGAAAAGGUCAACCUCCCCGCGCACUCUGGGAGCUCCCUAGGCUCAGGAAACUACCUAGUCUCCAUGGGCCUAGGUAGCCCUAAGAAAACCCUCUCCCUCAUCGUCGACACGGGGAGUGACCUAACAUGGACCCAAUGCCAACCGUGUAUGCGAUCCUGCUACAAACAACAAGACCCAAUAUUCGACCCCAAAACGUCAACCUCAUAUUCCAAUGUAUCAUGCACCUCAACCACGUGCUCUGAGCUAUCCUCCGCCACAGGCAACACGCCCAGCUGCAGCCUUGGGACGUGCGUCUACGGCAUCCAGUACGGCGACCAGUCAUUUUCAGUAGGAUUGUUCAGCAAAGACACACUCACCAUCGCCACCGACGUUUUCCCGGACUUCAUGUUUGGCUGUGGCCAAAACAACCGAGGGCUCUUCGGCCGAACCGCCGGACUAAUCGGCCUCGGCCGGGACCCGCUCUCAAUCGUGUCGCAGACCGCGACAAAAUACGGAAAGUACUUCUCGUACUGCCUCCCCUCAAAGUCGAGCUCCACGGGCUACCUCACGCUCGGGAAAGCUACAUCGGGAAGCGUGCAAUUCACACCGUUUGACUCAUCUCAUGGCUCCUCAUUCUACUUCAUCAGUAUUACCUCCAUCGCCGUCUCGGGCCAGCAGCUCCCGAUCGGUGGAGCUGUUUUCAAGACUGCCGGCGCGAUCAUAGACUCCGGCACGGUGAUCACACGCCUGCCGCCAGCAGCAUACAGCGCCCUGAGCGCGGCGUUCAAGCAGGGGAUGAAGAAGUACCCGGCGGCGCCGGCAUUCUCUAUCUUGGACACGUGCUACAACCUCUCGAACUACACGAGCAUCUCCGUCCCCACCGUGUCGUUCACAUUUGACGGCGAGGUGAUGAUCGACCUCAGCCCGUCCGGGAUAAUGAUCGCGGUUAGCUCCACGGUGGCGUGCCUUGCCUUCGCCGGGAAUGGAGACGCCGCCAACAUCGGAAUUUUUGGGAACACGCAGCAGCUGGCGUUUGAAGUAGUGUACGAUGUCGUUGGAGGGAAGCUGGGAUUUGCAGCUGCUGGAUGUUGAUUGAUUUAUGUCUAACAACUAGCAAUUUUACUUACUACUUCAAAUAAAACGUACUUUAUUAAAUUUCCGAAGGAAGGAAAUAUGUUAAUGUGAUUUAUCUAGUGUAUGAUAUAAUAUCAGAAAAUUUCAAAUCAAAUAGGUUCCUCCAA